AUGUCUAUAAGCAGGAAGCGCAUAUGUUUUUCUGAUCACGCUUAUUCGAGUUCCUCUUCUAUAGCUACUGCUGCUGCAGACAUUUUAGAUCCAUCUUUAUUGAUCAGUGCUAGCUCUGAUGAGAGUCUGUCUUUGAAGACAGAUCAGGAAUUAUGCAGCUGUGUGAAAGACACUGUACUUUUAAAAUUGAAGGACGUUGAUUCCCUUGGUGAAAAACACAUUUUUCAUUUUAUACUCAAUGAAAUGCAAGAAAAGUGCCCAACUCUUCUGGCUGUGUUGAACAGUGCUGUUGGUAAGAAGGAGAGCAGUGAUCGACGGUUUGCUACCAUAUCAACAAUCUAUGGUAUGAUAAUACAUAGUCGUAACAACAAGGCCAGUGCCAUCCAGAAGAUCUACACCUCCCUAGCCAUCAGAUAUCAUGCUGAUAAUGAGCUUUUGUCUCGAAUGAACAAAGUUCAUAUUAUGAUGUCAGCUGAAUCAAAGAGGAAUAUCAUUUCCGAGUUCGGUCAACAUCUUCAGGAUAAGCUUGUGAAAGAUGUUAGUGAGGGAAGAAAUGGCAAGUUGAAUGGGGACAACCUGGAUAUCAGGGUCAUAACCAACGACAUCCGUAUGAAGAACAAAAACAAAGACUACCAUUUCUUCGCUUCGGAUUACAUCUUGGAUAGGGUAGAUGAAUCAUCAAUGCCUGUUCUACCACAAACUGCUGAACAGCCACACGCCAAACACUUUCUCCCAUCUACAGAUGAAACGUUAGUCUACAGGGAAAGUCUCAAGGUGCUGUUAUCUAGAGUACUUGUUCAGCAUAUUCCUGCUUUUUCGUGGAUGAAGAAUGUAGCAACACUCCCUGCCCACAACCCACAUCUUCUGGAAGAAGACAUGGCCAAGAUAUCAACAGUUCAUAUGCUGCCAAUUUCACUUCACAACGAAGUUUCAUAUGAUGGUUGCAUCCAUAUAAUGGACGAGUAUGUAAAAAUGGUGAAUCAUUGGUAUUCAAAGGCAGGACGAGGCUGUGAACUGGAAGACUUAAAGGUUCCAGUCGGGGGAGACCAGCUGACACGUUGUCGUCUCCAAGGAGCCAAGUCACUGCGUGCUGGAGCUCACACCCAACAGGAGAGGUUCGAACAACUUUAUCCCAUUGUCAUAGAGUUGUUUCACACAUUACAAGACUUCUUGGAGGUAAUUAUAUGA